CCUUUAUAUUAUAAGUAAUAAAUCAAGAUAUUGUAUUUUAAUGCCUGGUAGUCUAUUUCUUCUUCCUUAAAAAGCCUUUUAAGUCAGUAUUAAAAAAAUAAGUUAACAUUAUAUAUUUGGCAAAUUGCCAUGAACUUCCGGUGGAAGAUAAAGACACACGCGGAUCUAUCGAGAAAAGAACGCGAAUAAUUAUAAAAAUAACUAAAAAGCAAGACUUAUUUAUUAGUUUUACAUUGUCUGGUUUUUUAAUAAUGUCCAAUAACGGUGCUCCAGACUCAUGGGAAAGUCAAGCGGACGUUAUAGGUGAACAAGGUGCAAAAGAUCCCGAUGAUAUGUCCACAAAAUUUUCCACGUUGAAUGUAAAUGCUGUGGAAUUCGUGCCUUCUUUUUGUAUGUCUUCACAAGGUAAUGACAGUGACGAUUCCCCUACUUCGCCACAAAAAUCUGAAAGCGGAUCUUCUAACUCUACAGAGAGUCCCGUGUUAAACGGAUGUGGUGAUGGUGGUGAAAGUGCUGAUGGUAGAGCAGCAUCUGCAUCACCUCGAGUGGAAGAACCGCCUCCCGAGCCGCCAGCUGCUGAGGAAGAUGCUUCACUGGCUGUCCCUUCUGAUGCUUCCCCUACAGCAGACAGCUGGGAGGCUGAAGCUGAUGAUGCCCUACUUACUCCAGAAGAGGGUAAUGAUGCUGAGGAAGAAGCAGAAGAAACAGAUGCACAGGAGGAUGGAGAAAUAGCGAAGAAAAUCCCUAAGAAGAAACCUGUUAGGGUAGAAGAUACUCGCAGCAAGAAAGAACAUGUAAAUGUUGUAUUCAUUGGUCAUGUUGAUGCUGGAAAAUCGACAAUUGGUGGCCAAAUUAUGUCACUAACGGGAAUGGUUGAUAAAAGAACUUUAGAGAAAUAUGAACGAGAGGCAAGAGAGAAAUCAAGGGAAUCAUGGUACCUUUCAUGGGCUCUUGACACAAAUCAAGAAGAACGGGACAAGGGAAAAACUGUGGAAGUUGGCAGGGCAUACUUUGAGACUGAUAAGAAGCAUUUCACUAUACUUGAUGCUCCUGGGCACAAGAGUUUUGUACCUAAUAUGAUUGGUGGCGCGGCGCAGGCCGAUUUAGCUGUACUCGUAAUAUCUGCAAGAAAAGGUGAAUUUGAAACGGGAUUCGAUAGAGGUGGACAAACCCGAGAGCAUGCAAUGUUAGCAAAGACUGCCGGCGUAAAGCAUUUAGUUGCACUUGUUAACAAAAUGGAUGACCCCACAGUCAAUUGGGAUGAAAAGAGAUAUAAUGAAUGCAGAGAUAAAAUCCUUCCAUACCUUAAAAAACUGGGUUUCAAUCCAGCUAAAGACUUAUCUUUCUUGCCUGUAUCUGGACAAACUGGACAAGGUUUAUUGGAAAGAGUAACUGAAGAAAUCUGUCCCUGGUACCGUGGUUCAUCCUUUAUUCAACUAAUCGAUGAGAUGCCGUCGCUCAACCGCAAGAUGGACGGGCCAUUCAUAAUGCCCGUCGUGGACAAAUACAAGGACAUGGGCACUGUGCUCAUGGGCAAGGUGGAGGCCGGAACUACGCGCAAAGGCAGCACCUUAUUUCUUAUGCCUAAUCGAGUCCAAGUGACUGUAGAUCAGCUAUGGUCGGACGAUAUUGAAGUGACUUCUAUCGGUCCUGGCGAGAAUGUGAAAGUGAAACUCAAAGGAAUUGAAGAAGAGGAUGUUUCCCCUGGUUUCGUACUUUGCGACACGGGUGACCCAAUCACAACUGGCAGGGUAUUUGAUGCUCAAGUUGUUAUAUUGGAGCAUAAGUCCAUUAUUUGUGCCGGAUACUCUGCUGUUAUGCACAUACAUUGUGCGGCAGAAGAAGUUACUGUAAAGGCAUUAAUCUGUUUGGUAGACAAGAAGACUGGAGAUAAAUCUAAAACGCGACCGCGGUUUGUGAAGCAAGAUCAGGUAGCCAUAAUGAGGAUAGAGUGUGCAGGAAUUAUCUGCCUUGAACCUUUCAAGAAGUUCGCUCAAAUGGGCAGGUUCACAUUAAGAGAUGAAAAUAAAACUAUCGCGAUCGGCAAAGUCCUGAAAGUAAUUGAGUAAAUUUGGCACUAUUGACUCAUAAAUUAGUUAGGAUAGGCCUUUCCAAAACUUGUAUCAUCAGAGAAUGCAUGUAUGUAAUUCUGAAUUUUGGGAUCUUAUGUGAGAGCUCGAGUGUGUUGCUUCAUCGUCGGUGUUUGUUGAAUUAUAGAGAAGCUAGUCCUCAUGGAAUAUUUACUGUUUUAUUACAGCUGUGUUAUUUACAGCCACUGCCAUUGUGCAAAAUCACACAUUUACAGCAAACAACUUUGAGUAAGAGACCUUGGAAAGAUUUAUUAUGAAUGAAAUAUAUCAUAAUUUGCUAUAGCUUUUGACUAUAGGCAAAAAUAGACUGAAGGCUCGUGUACCAGAAUUUGUAUAUAAUCAUAUGGCCCUCAUUGUCUAGGCCCGUAAGUGUUCCGUAAUCCGUCUGGUAAAAUUAGCUUUAGUACAAAAAUUGUACUAAAGCUAAUUUUACUCGACAGUAGCAACAUGUUUACGGGCCUGGACAUUGGCUCUCCUGAUGAUUUACGUCGCUGCUUAGCGACCAAUUCUUGAUGUCACCCACAAUAGACUGAAAGCUGAUGGGUCUGGACCAAAUUUACUUAACAGUUACUGUUUGCAUAACCCGAAAGUAAUCAAUAUAUUGGUUUAGAAAUAAGAGGGUAUGUAUUUACUUUUUAUCCACUGGGAAGAAUCAGACUGAGCCAUAGUGAACAUGUCUGAGGAUAGCUAGAUGAAUCAAUGCUAAUAAUGGUUUUGUCUGUUUAAAGUAUAAAUAAAAUUAAUAUUGCUUGCUUGAUUUGAUAAUCGUAAUUGAUAUCCCAGUGUGGAUUCAUUUACAUAUAGUUACUCAGGCGUUUGACGACUAUGAUGCCAGAAUCAUGAGGUCUUGGUUUGAUAUACCUGAAUACUGUGGCUUACAGGAACAAUUUCUUUUUUAUGUAUUUCAUUCAUAGGAAUCUUUCACAAACUUCUCUUAAGACUAAUGCAAUAAUUUAGUGCUUUCUCUUUAAAAUUAAGUAUAGAAACAAGUUACGCUAGCAACGUUGAAUACUGUCAUAUGUGUUAUAUUAUUGUAGUAACAUACUGCAAUACCUAGUACUGUCUGAAAUGUUUGUUCUAAACUCAAGUCGUGUUAUGGACUUGUAAAGUUUGUACAACUACUCAUUAAAUUGAUAUGUUAUAUAAAUUAAAGCAAUGUGAUUUGUUGAUCCUUUGCACUUGAUAUUGUGUAAACUUUAAAAUAAAUAGUUAUGUUUUGAACAACAUAAACUGUUUAGUAUUAUUUAUUUGUUUAAUUUUUUUUUAUAAAAAAUAAAUAUAUAAUAUGUUUGUUUAGAAAAAGUGAUACUUAAUUUAAAGCGAGACACCCUAUAACAGAAGUUGAGCGUUGCUAUCGCAUAGAUAAUUCUUUUCCUCACUCUACAAAAUAUAAAUUUUAUUUAUUUGUAAAAAAUAUAUUAUAAUAUUGUGUCUGAAUGUCAAUGGUAGAUGUUCUAGGUGCUCUUAUUUCAUGUCACUGCACAACUCCACAACAAUGCUUUACAUAUAAAAUAAUAUUUUUGUACAUUUGCACAUUAUCAUGUAAUAUAACCUUUAGCAUUGAAAGGUGGAAUUUGAUAGUGAAUUGGUGCCAUGAUUUUCGAGGAAGUUAAUAAUGGAAAAUGAUGUUUAUUUAAUGGUGCUCCUAAACACAAAAAAGUCUAUAAAACAUUGAACAACGUUCGGAUGUUUUUUAUGUACAAAUAAUACGAUUUAAAGUAUUAUACUGAUGUAAGAGUGAUUACAAAAUGCAAUGUUUAUAACGAAGUUUUACCUCUAUGUAGAAGGGCACCAAAAUAUUAAAUCGGGCAAUAUAAUGCAACUGAAAUGGGGUGAGCGUGAUAAGAGCACUAUGAAACAUUAAAUUCCUUUCGGGGUUAUACUGUACCUUUUAUGACAGUUGCCAUUCUAUCACGUACCAAAGCGAUCAUGUUGACAGCCGCGAUGGUGUGGGAUGGACGGUCAAAGGUUGUGUUUGGAUAGCAAAUGUCGUCAAAUGUACCGAAUCAGACCCCUGAUACUAAUAAGAUGGUAAGGUGGAUGAAGCUCUCAUGUAUUGUUGUUAGGAUGAUCAUCUCAUAGCCUUACACAGUCAGUAAACAUAAACGCCUUAUCAUAUUUAUUACCUCGCUAUAAUAAUAAUUUGACAACAUGAGCUGUGCUCAAUAAAGUGGCAUGUUGCUAUGAUCAUCCUGAUAAUAUUAUAGUGAAACAUAUAUUUUCACAUAUUAUGAAUUAUUAGUAAUUAUAUUACUGGCCCCAUAUUUUUAAUCCAACAUUGUUUUAUUUCAUAUAAUUUGCUAUAAAUAUUAACAUCAAAGUUUUAAUGAAGAACAUUCAUGUAAAUCCAAACUAACAAUUAUGUAUUUUAAUUGAUAAUAUUACUUGCAAUAUUUUUAUAAAAUUAUGGUAAUAGAUAAUAAUUUAUUGCUGUGAUUAACGACCAAGACACGGGCAAAGCUCUAUCAAAGUGUUUCUAUUGCGGCGUACACAUCCAAUAGUUUCAAUUAGAGUCUUGAGCUCAUGUCACAUUAGCCGAUUGAUGUGAUUGCAUCGUUUUAAACCUUAUUUUAUUAGAGUUUUGAGUACACGAAGUACACCUACAUCAAGCAGGCCAUACGGCAUGUAUAUGGAAAAUAAAUUACAUCGACUCAGCCUAUGUCGCAAUAAUGGAGUAUGAAUAAAUAAAUACCUGCUUAUUAGUAUAAUCAGUUUUUUACGACCGAGGCGAAAACAUGUUACUGUCAAUAUUUUGUGUAUAUCAGUGGAUAAAACGUGAGACGAACGUAGUCCCCCGUCUCGGUUCACCUCUUGCUAUAGAUUAUUUAUCGACGAUGCUUGUAGUGAGGGAGUAGGACGCGGAUUCAGAACCCGUGUCGGUAGUGCCUUUAUGUUUCCGCGCGGGGGCCGCGUCCGUCUCGCGCCCCUCUUUGCCGAACGACAGCUUUUCGGUUGUCUGCAAGUAUAUUAUUUUGUUUAAAAUAAAAGAAAAUUUUAUUAUAA